AACAAGAAGGUGGUGAAUUACUCACAAUUCCAGGAGUCUGAUGAUGCAGGUGAGAGAGAGCAAGAGUGGGUGUGUGCAACUACAACCCCUCUCCCCUGUAGCUAAGCUGUGAGUGUGUAACCCCCUUUUCCUUCCCCUGUAGAUGAGGAGUAUGGGAGGAACUCAGACAAGCCUAAGAAGCCUCGUGCGGCUCCUCGCGAGGUGAAGCGCAAGCGGUCAAAGAACUCGCAGGAGGACAGGUGAGCCCAGAGAACAGCAGCACAAGGCUGAAUCCUAACUCUCAGGAGGACAGGUGAGCCCAGAGAACAGCAGCACAAGGCUGAAUCCUAACUCUCAGGAGGACAGGUGAGCCCAGAGAACAGCAGCACAAGGCUGAAUCCUAACUCGCACUUCAGUGAACAUCUCCCAUUGUCAUCAAGCAUGAUUUAGAAAUACGAGUUGAGGGCUCUCCACUCAAGAUUAGGUGGUUCUAUAAUAGCCAGCCUUAAUGUGUAGAGGAGCUGUAUCAGAUUCCUGUGGUUCUUGUUGCUCAGUUGUUGUUUUUGGUUUCAGUGAGGAUUCUGAUGAAAAACUCUCCAAAUCCAAAAAUGAUUCAGCAGGUAAGCCAUUCUGAUUCAUCAACUGGUUGAUUAACAAUAUUAUGUUAGUUAAAUCUUGAUUUGUGAUAAAUCUAUGAUACCUUUCAGAAGUGGAGAUUUUGUUCAGGCUUAGUCUUGGGUUUAGGGAAAAUGUCCUGAAGAGGAGGCAAACUUUAUAGGGGUUUGGGUCCAACUAGGUGUAAGAGCUAUGGAAAGGGGACUAGGGAUAGGAGAUGUUUUGGGACCGUGCUAGUGGUGAAUGUUUCUGUUUGGUUGCAGAUGACUUUGGUAGUGAUGAAGGCAAUGACUUUGGAGAGGAGGAUGACGAGGAUGGAGGGAGUGACUUUGAAGCUAAACGAGGGAAAAAGGGAAAAACAGCCAAGGUGGCAAAGCCCACUAAGAGAACGCCCAAGAGAAAACGACCCGCAGGUAAGACUCAUAGACUGAGGUGUGUGUGCCAGUUAUAAUGACUGUGUGUUAUAAUAAUAAUAUAAUAUGCCAUUUAGCAGACGCUUUUAUCCAAAGCGACUUACAGUCAUGUGUGCAUACAUUUUUACGUAUGGGUGGUCCCGGGGAUCGAACCCACUACCCUGGCAUUACAAGCGCCAUGCUCUACCAAUUGAGCUACAGAGGACCACACUACAUAACCUGACUACAUCUUUCUGUGUGUAGAUGACAGUGAUGAGGAGGUGAGUCGUAAGGUGCGUACGGUGCGCCAGGCUGCCACCAAGGCCGUGUCCAAACAGAGAGAGAUCCUGCUGGGAGACGGAGGCAGCGAGGACGAGGAACGCAAAGACCAGGAGGAGGCCUUCCCAGACCGUAAGUCAACCACUCAAAAUGGGCCUACCUGGACCACUCUACACUAUAGGACUACUGACACAACCACAAAAAUGUACACUGAAACUAAGUUAUCCACACAGCACUGAGCAGGCCUACAUGGAUCGUAAGUCAACCACUCAAUAUUACAUUGACCGUAUAUCAACCACAGUGCUUUACAAACUAUAGAUAAACCACAUGAAUGGCUUUCAUGGACCAUAAAUUAAACCACUAUGGAAACUGACAUUUGUCAGGUGAAAUGACCAAUAAUCACUAGCUCGUCCCUCUCCUCUCUAGCUGAUGAGUCGGGCAGUGAUGAGGACUUCAUGGUUGAGGAUGAUGAUGAUAGUGACUACGGCCGCUCUAAGAGCAAGAGGAGCAGCAAGAAGGUGAUGAGACGGAGCAGGCCGGAGAGGAAGGAGAAGAAAUCCCCCAAACCACGACUAAAGGCCACCGGUAGGACCGCUCACUAUGAAUCAAUCACCCACCCAUAUCCUUCAGAACUAAAAGCAUAGGUUGUUGUACAGGCCAUUUUUAGAUAAAGUUUUAGUAUCCUUCCAGCCUCAAAACAUAAUUGAAUUAAUGUGUAUCCCUAACUGUGUGUGUGUGCCUCUCCUCUCCCAGUGACCCCCAGCCCAAUGAAAGGAAAGGGUAAAGGUCGCCCAAGCGCCGCCAAGGCCACAGAGAAGAGCUCGCCUGAAGAGGAGGAGCCAGAGAGCCCUCUGGAGGAGGAAGAAGAGGAGGAGGAGGAGGUGGUGAAGAAAGACUCCUCCCCCGCUCCCAAGAAAACAAAGGAGGCACCUGGGAAGGAGAAGAAGGAAAAAGAAGACGCUGAGGAGGAGGAGGAGGAGGAAGAGGAGGACGGUUCGGAAGAGGACGCGCCCUCUGGGGAAGACUAGCCCCACAGAAGUUCCACCUCUCUCCCCUUCCACAUCUUUCUCUCUUAACCUUAAGUUUUUUGUUUUGUUUCUCUUGGUUUAGAGGGUUUUAUUUCGGUUUCCGUGGUGGCCUGGCUCAAUGUUUUGAACCUCAUGUGGUUUUGUUGUUUAGUGUUAGUUUAUAUCUUCCUUACUGACUGACUGACUGAGGACAGUGUCUGUGUGCAUGAGAACAUGUAUACCACCAUAUGGCUGUGAAGGAUGGAAGGAAAGAACAAGUGAGAUUUGACUCUGUCCCAUCCCCUCAUCACUGUCCCCUCUGCUCAGCUAUACCUCCACUGGCUCACCUUUCCUCUCAUUUCUCAUCUCCCUCUCUGAAGUGACUGCAUUAGUCUUUCCUACAAAAGUCUGUGUGAAUCUCAGAAAACACUUUCUUUAAGCUUCGUUAGUUUGCCUUUCUGAGAGGUCAGUGCUAGUAGGCAUCCGUCCACAACAGUCGCUUGGUGUGUAGAGUCGUUAGUUUUCACUCUGCAGGCUGAUAGCUGUGUGUGUGCAAGUGAGCCUUCUAUAAAAAAUAAAACUUUCUACAGCCCUUUUCUUUCUACUCCUGUUCUCUGUCCCCUCUCCUCCUCAAGUAAUCUCUGGUCUGAGAUGACUGGAUAGGUGAAAGCUAUGUAGUGUAACCCUUGCUUUUGCCUAUCCAGUAGUGUUAGAUCAGUGAUUACUAACUGAGCCCUGGGUUUGUUCAGCCAGUCUGAGUUAUGGUCUCCCUCUCCAUUGUCAGUGGACUGCUGGUGUUCAAUCAAAGCACUUUAUUCACUGUGCGACACUACCCAUUGGUUCAGUCGCAACCCACCGCUGACCAAUCAGAGAGGGCCACACUGGAGACUCUUGAGGGAGGAUAUGACGUCUGUGUUUCCUGUCUGUUUAUUUCCCUGUAUCUAGAUUGUCCUCACUGAGGUCCUGGGCCCACUAAACCCAUAGCACUGUGCAGACAGACACUGUGCUUUUGAAUCUCUCAAACACAACACGUUUUAACAGGAAGGUUUUAUGGUUGUUAAUUGUAAUGUUAAUUAGUUAAAUUAAUGCUCUGUUAUAUUUCCCCAUACUCUUGAGGUUAUGCUCUGGCCCUGUGUCAAGGACCUUGAGUUUAACACAUACACAAGCUUGUUUUGUUAUUGAAUAUGUAACUGUUCAGUAAUGUGCUAGAAGGAACAGAGUUGAAGAUCACUGCUUUGGAGUAGCAGUGUGUUAUAGUGCUUUAGACAGAGUGAGUGCUCUGAGCUUCUGCUAUGAGCUGUAAAUGGUUAAUGAUGUGGUGAUUGAGGGGGUCAUGGAAGCAGGUGCUAGAUCAGCCCGCCGAGAACCUCUUCUUUCUGGGUGUUUACUGUGUGCUGGUAUUACCACAGUGUGAGGGUGUGAUGGAGCACACCAUCAAGGGGUUUGGGUCCUCACCCUAGACCCUCUACCAUUGGUUUGUGGUUCAGAGAUGUUUGGAUGCCUCUUUGCUGGGCGUGAUACAUACAUACACACACACAGAGCAUCCUCUCUUGUUCAACCCUUUGUGCCAGGCAUCCCCAAGCUUUUUUAAAUAGAAUUUAAUUUUGAGUCCCCAAAUUGAUUUUUUUUUUUGGGUUGGUUUGCUUUACUUCUCUAUUCAGAUUUUUUUGUAAUGUUUGUUUUUUAAGAAAAGAAAUAAAAUUUAUCUUGAUUUUAAAGAAAAGUCGACCCUAUCCAUCUGUUUUUCGGCUGUGUUAUGACUGUCUGGGAGAGCAGACCCAGCAAUCCCUCCUUUCUGUUCCACUCUCUUCCUUUCUCUCAUUCUGCACUCAGCUCAUACUCACUCCCUCUCACAGAAGCUUGAUGCCAGCUAUUGUUUUGCUCCACACCUCCGCUCUCCUCCACAACCAAGAAACACUAGCUGUAUUUCCCCUACUCUGCCCUUCACAGAUC